AUGGCUGUUUUCCAAACAACUGCCGUUGGCCUUGGGCAAUCGACCUGUGUAGGAAUUGGUGGGGAUCCUUUCAAUGGUACAAAUUUUGUUGAUUGCAUAGAGAAGUUUCUUGUUGAUCCCCAGACGGAAGGUAAAAACCCACAAUCUAGCACUGGUUAG